AUUCGAUCUAAUUAAAGUCCCAGUUACGUACUUCGUUUGUCCGGUUGUCGAAGCCAUGCAUUUGUGUGAAGCGUUGGCAUACGUUGAGCUGUAUUUAUUAUUGACUGGCUACAUUGCACCUAGCAAAUGUGACGACUAUUCUUGUGAGAACACCAUAUGCAAUCCACGCGCCGGUGACUUACUUAUUGGACGAGAGAGUUCACUAUGGGCAUCAUCUACUUGUGGACUAAAAGGAGUGGAAGCAUAUUGCGUCGUUACAACUAGCGAAAAGAGUUUCUGCAAGGAGUGUAUUUCAAGUCAACCGUACAAUGCCUUGACAAACCCAGAAAGUCACAGGAUCGAUAACGUCGUUUCCAGAGUUCCAAGCAAUCCUGGUAGAUGGUGGCAGUCUGAAAACGGAAUACACAAUGUCUCUAUCGUUCUUAAUCUGGACACGCAGUUUCAAUUUAUUUCGACUAUCCUUCGCUUUAAAACAUACCGUCCAGCAGCGAUGUAUCUGGAACGCUCAUAUGACUUUGGGCGCAGCUGGAAGCGCUACGCUUAUUUUUCCAAUAACUGCAAGCGUGACUUUCCUACAGUGUCUGAAGGCCCAAGACGUACGCUGACGGAUGUCACUUGCACUGGAGUGUACAGUCAGCUUACUCCAUCAGAAGGUGGAGUGGUGGCAUACAUGGCUGCACCAAGUGAAAUGCACGCUGCUUGGCCGCAAUACAGCAAAGAACGAAUGAAUUUAACGGCAAUCACCAAUUUACGGGCUGUGUUCACCCGCUUGAACACCCUUGGCGACAUGCGAGUGGACGACUCGACGCUGACACGACGAAAGUACUAUUAUGCAUUGUACGAAUGGAACGUCUGGGGUCGCUGCACCUGUUUUGGUCAUGCUAAACGCUGCAAACCCAAAUCGUCCGCCGAAAUAAUCAAACCAGAGAAAGUCUACGGAGUCUGUGAAUGCACUCAUAAUACCGCGGGGGAAAACUGCGAGACUUGUGCCGACUUUUAUUGGAACAAACCAUGGAGACCGGCCACUAAAGAUUCUCCGAACGCAUGUGAGAAAUGCGAGUGCAACGAUCAUGCAACGGCUUGCUUUUUCAAUCCACUGCUCUAUGCUAGUUCGGGCAACGUGUCAGGCGGCAAUUGCCAUGGAUGCAUGCACAACACAGAAGGAGUCAACUGCGAAUACUGCAAACAAAAUUUCUUCCGUCACCCAUCCUACCCAAUCAAUCAUCCGCUGACGUGUCAACCCUGUAACUGCCAUACGGAUGGAACAGUCUAUGAGGGCUUUUGCCAACAGUACACUAUUCCGGAACAAGGCACUGUGGCUGGGAGGUGCUUGUGUAAAAGAAACGUUGGUGGUGAAAAAUGUGAUCGCUGCAGGGUUGGCUUCUGGAACUUCCAAGCGAAUAAUCCCGAUGGAUGUGAAGCUUGCACAUGCAAUAUGAUGGGAACGUUGGACAACGGGGGUUGUGACCCAUACACGGGACUGUGUACUUGCAAGCGAUUUGUUGGUGGCCCGAACUGUGACCAGUGCUUGGAAGGCUACUUCAACCUGACUCUUGCACCCCUCGGCUGUCAGGAAUGCGCAUGCAGUCAACUGGGAGCAAAAAGUGCCGCUUGCGACCGCGUCAGUGGUCAGUGUGAGUGCAAAACUGGCUUCACUGGUCGCGACUGCAGUCAGGUAGAAGAUGGCUACUUCGUGCGUCCACCAAGUGAGGUUAUUGAACAGACUGGUGAGAAAGAGCUUACAGUUGAUGGUCCGAAGGGUGAGGGCCGAUUUGUCAUAGUACUUGACGUGGAUCCAAAACAGUUCGGUGAAGGCGAUCAGUGGACGAUUAUCGUGAAACCUUACCAGCACGGUGCAACCCGUUGUCAAAAUCCGUCGCAGAGAGUAAAUGUCUACCAUGAUACGAGCAAAAUAAUAAUAUCUGACGUUUGCCUGGAAGCCGGACUGCCCAUCGUUCUUCGGAUUAUGUCCGAAGCGCAGCCGAAAGGACCCUACACGGAGAUACUGAUCACAGAUAUCAUAUUAGUGCCAACUGAUGACAGUGGUUUGGCUCGUCGAUGUGAAGCAUAUCGCGAAAUAGCCAUGCGGAUACUCUCUGGUCACACAGAGGAUAGAUCAGGCUUACCAACAGAAUGCGAAGUCUACUUCCGGCUGCCACGAGUGAGCUGGCGCGAGACUGGCUCGGUUGCAGAACGUUGUUCUUGCAAUACGACUGGAUCACAAACAGAUGUCUGCGACAAACUCACUGGACAGUGUCCAUGCAAAGCUGGCGUUGUCGGAAGAAAAUGCGAUCGCUGCGCACCGUACCACUACGAUUUCAGCGCCACCGGAUGCACAGAUUGCGCGUGCAACCAUCAAGGGUCAGUCAGCAUGCAAUGCAAUGAGGAAACAAGUAUGUGUCCGUGUCAUCCGGGGAUAGUUGGAAAACACUGCGAUACGUGCAAACCAGGCACAUGGGACUUUCCUCGAUGCCGGCCUUGUUCAUGCAACGGUUAUAGCGAAUUAUGUAAUCAGACUACUGGUGUGUGCACAAACUGCCGGGAGAACACGGGAGGCGUGAGUUGUGAAAAAUGUAAUGAAGGCUUCUACGGGGAUCCGCUCCGGGGAACUCCAUGCAGGCCAUGUUCCUGUCCUGGAGGCGGAGUCAAUCAUGCUGCGGAGUGCGUUAUGGGCCCUUUGCAAGAGCAGAUUUGUUAUUGCAAAUCCGGAUACACAGGUCCACGAUGCAGUGAGUGCGCGGUGAACUACUUUGGUAACCCUACCGAAAUAGGGGGUUCUUGUCGGCCGUGCCAAUGCUCCGGAAACAUUGCAUUGAACGAACCUGGGGGCUGUGAUUCGCUGACCGGAAGGUGUUUAAAAUGUCUGCACAACACAGAAGGUUUCAGUUGUGACGUGUGCAAACUUGGCUUCUGGGGUGAUGCGACGCGACAAAUGUGUCAACCUUGUAACUGUUACGUUCUCGGUAGUCUUCAUGAAGGUAAAAUGGGCUGCGACCGGAACAAUGGCCAAUGCCCCUGCCUGCCCAAUGUUAUUGGUCCUCGAUGUUACGAAUGCGCACCCGGCUACUUCAACCUGACUUCAGGAAAAGGCUGCGAACCUUGCCGCUGCGAUCCAACGGGUUCCUUGGGCGACAUGUGCAACCCGCUGGAUGGACAAUGCCAAUGUAGGCCCGAAAGAAGUGGCCGCAAGUGUGACCAGUGUCGUCCCAUGUUCUACGGUGACCCACGAGAGCCCAGUGGAUGCAAACCUUGUGGUUGUGACCGAUCGGGCUCAGCGAGUGACUACUGCGACCCUCUCACUGGACAAUGCCAAUGCCUUUCAGGAGUAGCGGGUCGUCGAUGCGAUCGCUGUGAUCGUGGUACCAAAGGCAUCCUGCCGAAUUGCGAGCCAUGCGGCGAGUGCUGGACGAACUGGGACAAGGCGAUCGACCAAGUCACAUCCGAAUUGGAUCGUUUGAAAAACCAGACUGGACGUCAGCUACCAUUAGAACUGAAAACACUGUUCGACGGCCUUGUGGAUUUGUUGCAUCAAAUCGAGAAUGUUCCCUGGCUGAACAUCACAGAAGAGAAAACAACAGAGUUGCAGAAAGUUUUGGACCUCACAGACAAACUUUUACAACAAAUGAUUUCCCUGGACGAUUCACCGGAGGGCUUGAACACGCUGUCUCAAAGCAUGCUCACGGAUCUUGACCGUGAGAUUACGCGAAAGAACCGUGUAGCUGAACUGAAAAUGCGGCUGGAUGAUAUUAAAGGGCGCAUUGAGGUGGCUAUGGAAGAGGGCGAGAAACUUGAGCGACAGAACCCCCAUGGAGCAUACAUGGCCAUUCAACGAGCUGUGGAAAUAGGGACGAAAGUGAAGGGCAUACAGCAAAGCAUCGAAGAACAAAGAGGCUCAAUGGAAGAUAGGACUGCUCGAAUCGAAGACGAGGUCAGAGCUGUAAAAUCUCGUGGGUCCACACUAAAUGACGACUGGGCUGAGAUGGACCGAAAGAUAAGCGAAUUCAGAGAUCACAUACGUCAGAGCAAUCGUCUUUUGUGUGGUGAUAACGGCGCACAUCCUCCGGAAGAUUCAGAUAGCAAAUUAUGCCCAUCCAGCUGUGGGGGAGCUGCUUGUGAUCCGCUAUCACGUUGGAUUGGGCUAAGACAACCAUCGCUGACGCGGGCACUGACGAGCUCAGAGGUAACUACUUCCCCCUCACAAUUCCCUAAUGAGGCGUUGGAAUCCGAAUACGAGACCGGCAUCUUUGGUGGAUGCGGUGUCAAUGUGGGGUGUAACGCAAGCAUUGGUGGUAGAUUGCGGAAUCUAAUGGAAGAAAAUUUGGAUCUUCAAACACAGUUGGCGAAUGCACUACAGGGUGUAUAUCGUGCGGAGUCUGUGAUCAUGAAGGUACACACGGAUCGCGAUGAGGCGGAGACGCGACUGUCCAACAUCAGUACAGAAAUUCAAGGUCUGAAAGAUCGGCUGGAAGCCAUGUUCAACCUGACGGACACACUAGUGCUGGAGGCCCAGUUGUUUGUGGACCAGUACGGAAAUAUGACUAAGGAGACGUUUGAUGAGGUAACCUUUUCCACUGCAAUCGUGCAACUGUCCCUGUAUGACUUUACUUCAGUUCCGCUUCCUUCGGUCAGCUCAAAUUUCUUUCAGGCUGGGCGUAUGACAACGUUAGGAUCCUUGGAUGGAAGCUCUUAUCCAAGUGUGUUGCUGCUCUUUCCUUCGGUUCUUAACACUGACAGAUGCGUGAUAUCACAGACACAAGAGUGUCGGCAGUUCAGCAAGAGCGGGAAAGUCGCCAUUUGCGUCCUAUCUGUUUUGGUGGAUGUGACUACGGGGGUGCAUGACACGUUUAAACUUUCCUCCAUCAAUUAA